CAAUAUGUUGUUGUUGUUGCAACAAGCCAAACCAAACUCAACACAUUGACACCACUUUCUGGAGGGUAAGUGCAACAAGGUAAACAACUCAUCGAUCACUUCAUUAAACAAUUUUCAUUUGAAUUGGUUGGUCAACUCUAAAAGAUGACCACAAACCUACUCCUUUAAAUUGGAGACAAUUGUUUACUUUCCAUAUCCUACCAUAUUCAUUCUCUCUCUCUCUCUCUCUCUCUCUCUCUCUCCCCGCCUGACCAUUUUUCUUCUCCAAUGGAGUUGGGCAGUGUCGUCCAGUUCCUUGAGAACAAGAACAUUUUAGUCACUGGUGCCACUGGCUUCCUGGCAAAGAUUUUUGUGGAGAAGAUAUUAAGAGUUCAACCAAAUGUGAAGAAGCUGUAUCUACUUCUGAGAGCUGCUGAUGCAAAGUUAGCAUCACAAAGGUUUCAUAACGAGGCGGUAGCGAAGGACUUAUUUAGGGUUCUGAGAGAGAAAAUGGGAGGAAGCUUGAAUGCCCUUAUUUCGGAAAAAAUCACUCUGGUCCCCGGCGAUGUCACAUGUGAAAACCUGGGCGUGAAAGACUCCAAUUUGGUGGAAGAAAUGUGGAGAGAGGUGGAUAUUGUGGUUAAUUUGGCUGCAACUACCAACUUUGACGAAAGAUACGACAUUGCGUUCGAUCUCAAUACAAUGGGAGCCAAGAAUGUCUUGAACUUUUCCAAAGAAUGUGCAAAAUUAGAGAUGCUUCUCCACGUAUCUACCGCUUACGUAUCCGGUGAGAGAGGAGGAUUAAUACUUGAAAAACCCUAUUACAUGAGCGAGACGCUCAAUGGGGCUCCUGGGCUACACCUUGACAGGGAGAAGAACAUUAUGGAGGAGAGAUUGAUUGAACUCCAGGCGAAGGGGGCUACAGAUCAAGAAAUUACUUUGGCAAUGAAGGAUUUGGGCAUUCAAAGAGCAAGGAAGUAUGGGUGGCCAAACACCUAUGUAUUUACGAAGGCAAUGGGAGAGAUGCUUUUGGGGCAGAUCAAAGGAAAUAUUCCUCUAGUCAUCCUCCGUCCUACCAUUAUUACAAGUACUUACAAGGAACCUUUCCCUGGUUGGGUUGAAGGUAUCAGAACUCUUGAUAGCUUAGUGGUUGGUUAUGGAAAGGGAAGAUUGACAUCCUUCGUUGGUGAUCGGCAAACUAUAUUAGAUAUGAUCCCAGCAGACAUGGUGGUGAACUCAAUGCUGGUAGCAAUGGCAGCUAAUGCAAAUGAAUUAGCAUCAGAUGAUGUGGUGAUUUACCAAGUGGGUUCCUCGGUUUCAAACCCAAUGAGAUUGAAUCCUAUUCAGGAUUAUGCCCAGCUUUAUUUCAAGAAGCAUCCAUGGAUUGGAAAAGAUGGAAAGGCCGUUAAAGUUGGCAACAUUACUUGGUUAAGCUCCAUGGCUUGCUUCCGCAGAUACGUGGCCAUUCGUUACUUGCUUCCACUCAAGGGAUUACAAAUAGCAAAUACAACAUUUUGUCAUUCUUUUGAAGGCAGGUACUCUUAUUUGCGUAGAAAAAUCAAGUUCGUGAUGCGAUUGGUAGAACUCUACGAGCCCUACUUGUUCUUCAAGGGCAGGUACGAUGAUACAAACACGGAAAAGUUACGAAUGGCAGUAAGAGAAGGCGGUAUCGACGCCAAUGUGUUCUACUUUGAUCCUAAGAUCAUCAACUGGGAAGACUACUUCAUGAAUGUUCACUUUCCUGGAGUUGUUAACUAUGUAUUCAAGUGAUCAUUAACUACUACUACCAUAAGUUGUAUGCUGUGUUUAAUUUGGGGGGUUACACUUGCACGUCAAAAAAUUGUGCUUUCAGAUUGACCAGUUUAUUUUAUUUAAUUCUUGGUUGUUUAUUUGAAGACAAUCUCUAUAUAUUAUUAAUUGCUUCAAAUGUGUUUGAAUAUUAAUAUCUUAUGAUGUAUUAAUUCCGUUGUACUCGUUAUCAUGAUGAAAUUCUUGGGAUUAAUAUUGCAUUUUAAA